AGGGACUCGAUCAUCCAGAGGAGUGUCAAGUUCUUGUAAUCUUCAAAAGCGAAAUCAAUCGUGUGAUAUCGACCGAGACAGUGACCUUGAGACACGUCAGGAUGCUUUUGGAUGGCCAGGGAGCGAACGAAUGUAGCCUGAUAAUAUUGUUCGCGAAACUGCAGCCUGAAACUGAUAGGCUAGUAAGAUUUUCGAAGGAAAAAAGCUUUACGCUUGACGGUUGGGAGGUUCCUCCGCUACAAUUGUCGAGUGUUAACGAUUUUAAAGCCAAUAAGGAGCCUUCGGUUUUAGAUAUAACGCAGUCCCUCAAUUGCAAUACCUCGAUGGGCACUUUUUCCAGCGCGGUGCUUACCGUGCUGUCGAUGUGAAUGUCGGAUAAAGAGAGCUCGUGGAGGUUCGAGUAAUGAUGUAGAGAUGCAAUGAAAGCCCUGCGAGCACCGUCGUAAGCCCUUUCGAAUUGUUGGAUAAAUAUAAUUUCGGAGUAGUCAU